AUGGACGACGACCAUCUCUGCGCGUCCCGCGUCAGCAUUUGUGCCUCAGAAUCCAGGGGCAACCUUUUCUGCGGCGGGGAAACCGAACUCGAGCGCGGUCCCUCCCAGCGCCGCGCCCGGACCGUGCCCUUCGCCAAGCUGAGCGCGCCCUGGGGCGCUGCUCUGGUUCCACGCGGAGAAACUGAGACCGAGUCGUGGGCCCGGGAGGGGUCUGCCCGGCAACACGUAGCCCCGCAGCCGCUGGACUUCCACGCGCUCCCAGCCCGCAGCUCCACGCGAGCCCCGAGGCACAUCUGUUGCCUCUUUGAACAGGAGUGUGCACAUCCAGCGUUGGCCACUCUGGGCCCACAGAUGGCCCAGAUCCCAGUGACAGGCUUGAAGGAGUCCUACUUCCCACAUUGCCUUCCUCACCUACUCACCAGCUCUGCAGCCAUCCUCAUCAUGGGGAACCUCACCCUCUUCUACUGGAAGCUGCUGGCCGUGCGUCUGGGCUUCAUCGUCGCCUUCGAGCACGUGGUGUUCUCCGUGCGCCUCCUCGCCUGGCUCGUGCCCGACGUUCCAGCCGCCCUGGUUACCAAAAUAAAGCGCGAGCGCUAUCUGGCCAUGCAGAAGCCUGCGGACUCCGGGGAGGCGCUGCUUUAGGGCCAGCCUAUUCAGCCUGACCAAGCCGUGCUUCCUGUCCUCUGCAGCAGGGGCGCUGUCCCCAGAGCCCAGGACCAGGCGCGAGUGAGGCGGGACUGCCCUUCAAGAACCCUAGGUUCCCCAGAUGCUUCCUUCCAUUUGGGGUCCUCUGGCUCUGGCCGGGGGUCUGGGCAGUACCUUGGCCAGCGGCCCCAAGGUCGGCCUCGGAACUGGGGUGAGAGGAUUAGAGCAUUAAAGCUCUCUGAAGACCGCCAGUCCUGUAUUGCCUCCCUCUCCCUGUCCCCGUCUCCUGCUCUAUGUGCAGUGCUGGCAAUAAACCUCUCUCUGCCCCGCAGUGUGCCACCUCUCCAUGGACACCUGGUUUCCACA